AUGUCUUUUCAUGUUUCAUUAAGUGAGAAAUAACUGUGAAAAAACAAGACGUUAAAAAUGAUAUUCAAAAGAUAUACCCCCGACCAAAAAUAAUCAAAAAUGGCGAGUCAGAUGUGGCCAAAAGUUUUGAUCUGACGCCGGGCGGUCAAAGCGGCCGAGGUUCGAGAAGGACCUCUGGACUGGCGCGAAAGGUUCGCCGUCCCAAAAACAAUCGUCAUUCUGUUUUUUCUCCGUUCUGUGCAGGGUGCUGCUGCCGCUCGUCUUAGAUUUUGAAUUUAUUAUUUUAAUUGUUGUUCUUAGAUAGUUUUACUUGUAUUAUUUCAAUUUUUAAAUUUCUUUCAGCGGUCUUCGAAGCUUUUCGGCGUUGUAAAGCAUUUUAUUUUUUUUGAAUGACGUGGAAAAAUGUUUUUAACUACCUUUGCGGAGUUUUCGAGAAGCGUAGAGUUUUUUCCAAGCUAGACGAAUGAAGUUUUCCAGAAUCUUGUGCCUUCUCUUUCAAGGAUCAAAACUUUAGAUGAUCGCUGAAAUUUGCUCUGCUUUAUUGCUUUCUUCAAUGAACUUCGCUUCCCGUUUUUUUUUUCGUAUUUUCCAACGUUUUUUUGAUUUCAGACGAAUACCGAGGGACCGCGACUUCGACGACUUUUUCAAGGCCUCGACUCGGAUUGGUAUCAAUUUCAAAUGUUUCAAUGUUGCUUUUUGCGUUGAGAAACGUUUGAAGAUUUAAAUUUCCUAUUUUUUUCAGGUGUUUCUUGAUCGGCAUCCUAAAAACGACGUUUCUCAACGUGGAAAGUUUUGUGUCAAAUCAAAAAAUUUUUCUCUUCUUGAAAGUUCGACUCAAACUUUUAAUCCUUGUUUACAGGUCUUUUAAUUUUCACCUCCGGGUGAUAUCGCAUGAGGCACACACAUAAAUUUUCAAACUUCUUUUUUGAGCACCCAUUUUUAAGUUCUCAAAUAUUUCUUUAGAAAUUUCCUAGUUGAGGUUUUUAAAAAAAUUGUUCAAAGCGUUCAUCAAGAGGGUCGAUUUGUCAAGCCGUCUGAAUUAUUGUUCUCAAUAACUUUUUCCAGUUAAAAAAUGUCCAUGUUAUAACAUUCAUUUUUUUUCCGUUUUCAAAGGGUUUUUAGAAGAUUUUUGAGAAUCCUUUCUUUUAAAAAAAUACUAGCUCUUCACUCGAAAUGUUGACCCGUAGGUUUAUAAGUUUCAGAAAUAUCAAAAAAACUAGAUGUUUAUUGCUACUUUUUUUAGUUUAGAAGUUUGACAUGAACUUUUUAGAUUCAAAAAAACGUCUACCUCUUAAAUUUUUCUUCUUCACCGUUUUAUGCUUUUUUUAGUAUAAUUUUUUUAGGUUCAGUUUCAUGCGACAUCAUCUACCCUUCUAGCUUUCUUUUUUUAUAUAUUUCGAGUUGAAAUGAACUUUUUAGAAGAAAAAAAUUUUUGUCCGUCUCUUGUCCGUGGGGUGAAUGUUGUCGGCGUCUUUGGUCGGUGGUGGCGCAGAAAAAAAGACGACUGUAUCCCCGGCUUUCGUCCGGCCAGAGAGAGCAUCACGAAAGAGGAGAGCUGUAGUCUGGCGUCUCCUAAAAUACCAUGCUCUCUCGCCGGCUUCAGCCGAGCAUACAUGCGACUUUUGAUCUGUGGAGUGGGGGUACUGUGGGGCAAGGCUCCUCUUCCCUCCCAAGCUCGUCAAUUCGAAGGUCGCGUCCAGUAUAUUGGGUUGUGUACAAAUAAAUUUUGCUUUUUUUCCAAGUUAUGUUUUUUUUUUUCAGAUUAGUGCUAUAUCCAAGCUUCUCAUGAUCCGAAUGGAAUCAAUAAUUCAAUAAUAAGCUUUUUUUUUCCGUUCAGUCUUUUUGAAGGAUUCUCUUUCAUUUUUGUAGACAAAACAACGGACUUUUUCAGAGUCCACGACCUUUUUCCUGAGUUAAAAAAGAAUCAUCUUCAAAUAGUUAUUGGGUUCACGUUGCCGUAUUUUCAUAUUUUUUUUUCUCAACACUUUCGGUUGAAAAGAACGAAGACUUCAUCAAAUAAAAAUGUUCAGUUUUGCUGAAGUUGACAAUUUUUUGUAGCUCUUUGAAUGUGAGUAUAGGGCCUUUCAAAUAAUUGAAGAGCCUAUCGUAGACAAGUUUAUAUAAUUUGAUCUUUAUUCAAUUUGAAUUAUAUUUCCCUGGUUUUUGGUUUUUCUAAGUAGAUAGCUGGAUUUCCAAGUUUUAAGUUUGUUUGUUUCUUAGGUAAUUAGUCCAAUAGGUCCGUUUUUGAAGGUUCUUUCAGAUUUAGUUCGUUCAUUUUAGGUUCCUAGAAAGAUUAAAAUAGGUUAUUUUUGUCAAUUAGUAUUGGUCGAUAAAAAGCGAGAUUCAUUUGUACACAACCUGAUAUGAUUCCCGAGCUCAUGAAAAUGAACUUGAUUUGCUGGUUGGUCUAGUGGUUCGGAAACUGGUUUGGUAAAUUCACGACGAAGGUUCGGAUCUUGAUGAAGUUUCAAUUUUCAUUUUUCUUGAUAGUCCAAACAUUUUUUUUCGGGUUGAGUCUUUUGGUCGCAACUGUUACAUUUCACGAAAAUUUUACGGAAUUUCAUUUAAUUUUUUCAGAGUUAGUACUUUUUGACUUUUUAUUGACACUUAUUUGCAACAAAACAAUCCGCAAUAAUUUCUUUUUUGCAACAAAACAAUCCGCAAUAAUUCCAUGGCCUCCAAACAAUUUUUAGGCUUUUUUCCUUCAGCUCUUCUUACUUUUGCUGCAAAAAAAAACCGCAAUGGAUAAAUGGCCUUCCAAUUUGGCCGCUUCACGGAAUGUCUUCUUUCUAAAAGGCAUUAUAAAUUCUUUUUUUUUUGAUAUAUAUUUUAAAUUUGAAAAAUGAACCAUUUUUCAUCAAUGAUUCGGAUUCAACAAAGUUGAGCAUCAGAAAUAUAUCCAUGAAGCGGAAAAAUUGAAAGCUCAUGAGCUUAUUGCGGUUUUUUUCAAAAUUUUUAGGCUUUUUUUUUCAAAUUUUAGGUAAACUUCGGACCUUCGUCAAGAGUUUUUCAAAAAAAGAUCUGAAAGCUUUGCGUAUUUUUUACGUCAUGGACUUUUUUUUUAAGUAAAAAUGGUUUUUUCUGUCAAUCAGUAAAUUGCGUACAUUUGCUUGGGUUCGGGCGCCACCUGACAGUGUCUUGCGAGGUCAUUCCUGCUCCUUCGUUCUAUCACAACUUCUAAACUUCAUCCUGAGCCAACUUGAGCUCGAACUCUUUCCACUUGAUCUUCAGAUCAUUUGAAAUGAACAUGCAAGACCUGUGACAUGUUGGAAAAGUGCUCUUGAAUUUUGGAUUCUUCAGCUUUUACAUCUGCAAGGCUUCUCUUUGGAAUUCAAAUUUGCAUUCUGUGCUUUGAAGUCUUCUUCAUUUCGACACAGUCAACAAAUAAUAGUCGAACAGAAAAACUUUGCCUUCUGGCAAAAUUUUUCCUUUUAAAAAAACUUGUGUUUUUUUGUACAUUCUGAAUUUUUUUGUAUUCACUUUCUACAUACAUUUGAAAGAAUUUUUUUCCAUUUUUUUAGAGUUUAAAAAUAUGGAUAUAUUGGCUGUGUCAAAUUGGCGAAGAUUUCGAAGCGCAGAUUUUUUUCAAUUAAUCAAACUCUAAAAAUUUCUAAAAACUUGAAAUUUACAAGCUUUUUGCUGAAAUGCUUGUUGCAGUUCUUCUUAGUUUCAUUAGGGUCAAUCAGCAUUAGAAGAAUAUUUGGAGAAAAAAAAUUUUAUUUUCCAAACUGACUUCAAAAAUUUGUUCCUUCUAUUCAAACUUGUAAUUUUUAAAAGGUCGAACUGAAAACUUUCUUUUUUUUCGCAACCUUAAAACUGAGCAGAUGCUUGAUUUGAUUGACUUGAGUAGACUGGAGAAGUGCAAGACGUGUUCAAAAAAAGGUUGAAGUUUAGAAGAAUUAUAGUUUUAUUCAACGAAAUAAAAAACUUUGAGAGCAUCUUUUUAACAUAGCACAAGUACAUAAUGUCUUUUCAAAGGAUUAGGCCGUCAAAUGGAGCGAACUUGAGUUUAUCAGGAUGAAGCUCUGAAGAAAAGGGUGGAAAAAGAGGAGCAUUAAUGACCUUGUAGGACAAUGUCCAAGGACGAGCUUGGAGGUGAAAGAUUCCUCGCUUGACAGGACUCUCACCAGGCCUCAAGCCACCUACCAAAGACUUGGCUUCGGGUUCCACCGUCCUCCAGAGGGCGGUGAAGCCCGAAGUCAAGGCCUCCGGGUCGGACUCCACAGCCAGCCUGUGGGGUCUGAGGCUGAGGUCUCUAGCUAGGGCCCUUAAGGCCCGGGCUGAAAACUCGGCCUCAGACCCCCAGGGGCGGCGCGUGGUGCUCGAGAUCGGAAGUCUAACCGGCACCUGAAACCCCAGGUCCGGCAGCGGCUCUGACCCUGCCGGACAAAUCCAAGUACAAAAGGGGGAGGAGAAUACUUUAUUAAAAAUCAUGGUUCAGAGUGUCCGGUUCAAUGCCGCCCUCGGAGUACGACGUCGUCCGGCAUCCAUCCCGGCUCGCGUCUCGACCGGCAUCCAUCCCGUCACAUCAAUCGACCUGAAACCCUCCCCAUUAACCCCUUUAAUUCCCUUCCCUUGUGAUCUCGGAACCCUCCAAAUCUGGAGCGGUCCGGACCCCUUCCUCAAAUGA